CCUCACUCUCGAAUACGACGUCGCGAAGGCAACUGACCAUCACUCCUGUGUCAUGGCUCGGGGCCUCUCGUCGUCGCGGGUGGCGGGACCCGCGGCCUCCACGUCCAGCAACGAGUCUCUAGGCUCCUCACGCGUAUGGACGCCUCUGCGCGAGAACUACUUCGAGCCCCCGCUGCUCUCGUCGCGCGAACGAGCCUACCUUGUGCGCAAAUCAUGCGAGGCUGCGCAGGAGCUCGUGGAGCGCGCACGCAGCGCCGGCGGGCCCAUCGCUUGGCGCCACGUGGAGAAGAACAACGGCGUGCAGAUUUACGCAGGCUCUCCGCGCUCAACAGCAACCGGUGCGGCCCUCACCGCCGCCAGCAUGUGCGGUGUGACUAGUGUACCGGGCACUGUGAAGGAGGUGGCGUCACUCUUCCAAUUGGGCUCAACACGGCAAAUGAAGGAGUUCGCUAGAGCGCAUAGAGAGUGGUUCUACGAUGGCGUGGUGUUGCAUACUCUGGCCCCUAGGACGAAGGAGAAGCCUUUACACCAAGUGACAGCCAAGUGGAUGGUUGUGCAGAUGCCACAUGGUUUGCCGCAUCGCGAUUUUUGCUACUUGGAGUGUCAAGACAAGUUUAUUGAUGCCAGAGGACGCAAAGGAUGGGUAUUGGGCCAGCACUCGAUCAAAUUGCCGGGCUGUGACGACCUGAAGAGGGAAUUCGGCCUCGUACGUGGCAGUUUGUACCAUUCCGGCUUCGUCGUAGUGGAAAGUGAGGAGCGACCGGGUCAUGUGGAUGUGAUUCACUUGGUGCAACUGAACUUGAAGGAACACACGCCUGUACCAGCCAGUCUAUUGAGAAUGAGAGUGUUGUUCGUCGCCCAGGUGAGAAACAUGCUGAGGAGCAAACGUCUCAAUGAGCAGAGAUACCUGAGCGAUCUGGAACUCGUCCCCAGGAAGUACAGAGCCAGAUGUGCCGUGUGUCAGGACUCGUUCUCGCUGUUAUUAUUGAGAAAGCUGAACUGCAGAAAGUGUGGAGAAGUUGUGUGUGCCGCAUGCAGCAAGGAAUUCCCCAUUGAGAACCGCAACUUCGCGGCUACUAAUGGAGGAGACGAGGUGCGUAAACUACGUAUCUGUAUGCACUGUUUCCAGGUGAUUACGAACGCCCCCAAGCCCACGUCAGCACUGGUAGAACCGCCGCAUUCCUCCACCAUGUCGAUGAGUUUCUUGGGUUAUCACGACGAUGAACGACGAGCGUCACGAGUGGGACAUCAUGGACGUAGAGAAGAGGAAGCGCCCAAGAUUUUCUUGCAGUCGAUGCGACGUGAGAAGCCCUCAAGUCGACGCAUGUCCAGCACGUCUCCGAUUCCUGGUUUUGGUGCCGAUUUACCACCUUCAACGUCGCGUCAUCGCUCACGUGGACAACCGGACGCAGAUUUGUACAGGAGAUCACAGAGAUACCAGCAGCAGCAACAGGACUACAGUCGUUCGCGUGACCACCGUGGCAGCCAACUCAUGCGACCGUCUGACUUCCGACCCAGCCAGAGUUUGUCACUGGAUGACCCCAUUGCGAGGGGGGAAGGACGAUACACGUUGCAGAUGCCAGGACCGCCGCCAGUGCCGUCUCCUGCCUCGAUUUUCGAUCGUCCAGCUACUGGAGCUUCACGACGUCCUCAGAAUGGAAUUCCACGCAGUCAAAGUAGUGAUAUGCUGCUAGGAGCAGGUACGGGUGGCCGCAAUAUGAGCAACUUCAGUCGUCUACAGGAGUUGAGUAGUCGCGAGCGGCUAGAGCAACUACAGCGUCAAGACAACUACAUGAGUCGUUCCAGCAUCGACCACCGCAUGCCGGAUGCGUACAUGUCUGCGUUGCAGCAAGCAAGUCGUGACAAGCACGACUUUGACGCUCCUCCGAUGUACCAGGCCCCACCCAGCGAUUUCGGCGCGUAUGGCGCGACGUUAGACGACCACGCGGUGAUUCCUGACUUCGGCACGUAUGAUUCGACGCUUGAUGAUCCAAAUGCACCGCCUCCACUGGAUAUGAGUGCGCUGACAACGUCUGCGUCGACUAUUCCGAUUGAACUCAACAGUAUGAGUAUGGCUGCUAUGCCGCCUACUGCGCCCAGAGAUGGUGGACGUGAGCACGAACUCUUGCGCCAACGAGAACGCGAGAUGGAACAGCGACGCUCGUCCACAAGCUCGGAUUCUUCUGCGAGUUCUAUCGACAUUGACACGUAUGAUGACACACCGGGCCGUGCUGUGGUUCCUCCGAUUGCUGAGCAGAAGCACGAUGAGAGUAUUGGACGUAUGACGCCCAAAACACCAGUGCAAAACCCCGUUGAUUCGAUUGAGAAUGGCCUGAAAGCAGCGAAAAUCUACGACACUGACGAAGACUCCGAGACGUCCAUGGGCGCUUCGGACGAUGAAGAGGAGCGCCGUGUCAGCACCAAGCUUAGCACGUUGUCCAAUGCUCUGCCUCGUAAGCCAAUCGAUGAUGAUGCUGAGGAGACUAAAGCACAUGAAUUUGCUGAGACUCCAGCGUUGCCGCCCCCGUCUCCUUCUGCUCAUACUGCAACACGUCAGGUGCUGGAACGCCCGUCCAUUGCGAACUCGUCGGUAGGCUCGCAAUUGGCUCCUAGAUUUACGAACAACACACACGCUGUGGAAGUUGUUGCACCCAAGAAUACCGAGGUCGUUGAAGAUCUCAUUGACCACGACCAGCAGCUGCAGCGAUCGAAAGUGGAAGACUUAAUCGACCAUGAGUAUCAGAAGGAGUCGAUCACGACACUGGACGAGCGAGUAUCCAAAAAAUCUCAUGACGAUGGAGGCGUGGAUGUUGUGACCAGGAAGUACACGCUACACGGACGUUAUGAUCAAGCGGAGAAGACCAAGCACGAACAGCUUUCGGAGUCCGAAGAUGAGGCAAUUCUCAACACUGUCGGGUGUGAUAUGAACUACUUGGAUGCCGAUAUGCGUCAGUUCCACGACCAGUCAUUGUUUAUCCGCCAGAGUCGCGAUGGCACGUCGUCCCAGUUGAAGGAUGGAGUAUCUUCAUACGAACGCAUGCCAACGUCUCCCAAGACCGAGAGUGGUAAAGCUUUAGACCUGGCUAAACCCUCGCGUCCUUCUAUCAGUCGCGAAGAAACCUUUGUUCUUGACAACAUGUCAGUGGAGGAACAGCAGCGAUCCGCGAACACCCGAGUGGUGCUGGGCUCCAGUGAACUGAGCUCGCCAUCAACCACUCGAACGGAUGACCACUUUGCCACUGAUGUUAGUCUCGUCUCAGCUCCUGUGGACGGUACUGCUGAUGACUUGGCUUUCGACGGAGCCCAGCGCGACAGCGAAGUGCCUCGCGCUAGUUUGGCCAAUCUAGUGGAGGAUGAACAUACUACUCCUCCCGUUAUUCCAGUGUCCAUGAUGUUGUCAGCUGACCCUGAGCAGACAAGCGGUGAUGAGGUUUCGGAAAGCCGUUCGCGCGCAUCCAGCAGAAUUUCGUUCUCCUCGGUCCCCAGCAGCAGCGCUCGUGGCAGCAGUAUCUGUAGCAUGGGUCUGGAUGCCAUAACCCCGCCUGCAACGCCACCGUCGUCCUCGCCUGUUGCGAUUGAAAGGCUUUCGGCUACCUCAGCAUCAUCCCCUGCUGCUGUGCCUGCAUUGGAUCUUGCAGCGACUAAUCCUUCGAUUGGCAACGAGGCUGCACUUCAACCGCGAAGCAACAGUAAUGCGCCGGCGUAUCUUCCUGAUCGUUUCCGCACAGAGCAGCAAAGCUCAGCAAAGGAGCCUUCCGGCUCGAGUACUCCAAGACAGAGCAACGACAGCAACUCCACUCUUGACAACUUUCAGUUGAAUUUCUCGGCUUCUUUUAACGCUCAUCAAGAACAGAAAUCUCAAGCUAGUGGUGUCGUCGAAGGAAUCUCACGUUUGGCACAAGACGAACGCAAUCGGGCCAGUAGUUCCAGCAGUACAGGCAGCAGCGAUGUCCAGGUGUUCCGCUACCAGUCUGUUGGGUCCUCAGUGCUGGACACAGUCCCCGCUUCGGGAGUGUCAGAGGAUGAGGACAGCGAGGAUGAGAGUAUGCUGCUGUCAGCUCGGAAGCUGUAUGGGCGCUUCGGCAACACGAAGCAACUGUCCAAGCUGGGCGGUGAUCGUCCUGGAUUCCAGCAGACUCUCACCCAAAUCCAGCAAAGUUUCGACGAACUAUCAAGCGAUAGCGAGGACGAUGAGAAAAAACCUGCAGCCCCAUAGCAUCGGUAGAUUGGUGAGGAAGGCGGUGCUGGAGUAUCACAUGGAGUGUAAAUGAUCGUGUAGAUGUCGUACAUAGGGCACCACCGUAUAAAACCUUUACAGCAACAUAGAGCCCCUGAUUUCGUUUAUUUUUGAGUACCGGAAGGGACAUGUGAAGUAGAGCUUACUCUGCCAUAAACAACACUCAAAU